AUGUGCUCGGAGCGAGUAAGUGGGGGGGGGGGGGAAGAGAGAAGAAAGCAGGCGAGGCUGGCGGCGAGAGGAGCAGCCGCUGGCGGAGCCCAGGAAAGAGUUAAAAGGGAAGGGAGGUGGGGCUGUCACGCGUCAUUGGGCAGAUUAUGUGCAGCAAACAAAAACGGUGUGUCUGGGUGCCAGUCAGUCACUGCAUCGGGUCCAUCUGCACAAGUCUCUCUGCCUGCCUCCCUCUCCCUUCCUCCUCCUUCUCCUCCGAGCUCUUUUUUUUUUUUUUGCACCAAGCCCACCAGAGACACGGAGCGCUCCCAGCAUCUUCUUCCCCACUGCCAUGGAAAAUAUACACUGAUACAAUAGAUCUGGGCGCUUCUCCCUCCCCCCCUCACCCCACUUCUCCCCCCAAAAAAAAAGGGAAAAAAAGAACAAGAGGAUCUCUCAACUCGUCAUUUUCCCCCUCUUUUUUGCCACUUUCUGCUGGGGAUUAUCCAUUUUUGGUUUUGUUUUUUCGCUUUUGCUUUUCAAUCCCCUUCCCCCUUCUGUCUUUAGGAUUAUAAUCCUGACCUUAUUCCUGGUAAGUAAAGAUGCAUGCGUCCUAUUACAGCGUGGGGGGGGGGGAAUUGUUUUGGGGUUAUUUCUUCCUUCUCUUUCCCGACCGACCGUCCCCCCACAAAAAAACCCACCGCUUCUCUCUCUUCUCCUUCCUCCUUUCGGUUUUAUUUCAUGGCACCAAAAGGGGGGGAAAGGUAGUGGAUGAAAGGAAAAUGCCACGCCAGGCGGAUCAAUACAAAGGGUAGAGUUAUAGGAUGUGUUUGGAUUAUUAUUUUGGUGGACAAGGCUGGCGGGCAAUGACUAGAAGUCGCGGUUGCGUGUGUCUUUUUUGUUUUGUUUUGUUUUGUUUUAGCAAACAUCCCUUCCUUUCCCACCCACCCAAAAAAGAAAGAAAGAUCGGAGCGCAGAGAGAGGCAGAAACAGAGGGAUGAAUUUGGUGGCUGCAGAUACGGUCCUUUUUGAGGUUGUGAGUUCGUAGAUUUCAGAGAGACAGAAUGGGUUGAUUCCAGUUUCUUUCUUUCUUUCUUUCUUUCUUUCUUUCUUUCUUUCUUUCUUUCUUUCUUUCUUUCUUUCUUUCCUUGAGUUGCGUCCACCGGCUUCUUUUCCCCUCCAGGAUGGCUCUCUCGUAUUGUUAGACCGAAUUGCAUUUUAAUGACCGUGUCCCCGCUGCUGCGCCUUGUAACGCGACGACCUCCAGCACAAUUAUUUAAAAAGGGAUCCUGUAGAAAAAAGGGAAGCGUGUGUGUGUGUGUGUGUGUGUGUGUGUGUGUAGGAUACAUAUAAUUAUUCACACACACAAACACACAUACUAGCGUGAAGGGGUGCAGAUUAUCUCAGCUAAAUGAAAAGCAGGCGAAAAUAAAUACACAAGUCUAUUCCGCAGAUGGAUUUGUUUCUUUUCUUCUCUCAGUGCUUGAUUUUUGUUUUUAAACUGGGGCGGGGUGGGGGGACGCCACCCAGAAACUAUGACCUUUCAGCCGGGUAAUUAAUAGAUGAACUUGGCACCAGCCGAGAGAAACUUCCCCCCACACCCCCAUCGCUUUCGGAAGACUGUAAAUGUGGGAUGGAGGAGCGGGUAGUAACAGUUACACUGGAGCCCAGAAAGGAUGGCGUAUAUUAUUAUUAUUAUUAUUAUUUAUUAAAAAUCCAGUUGAUUUGCCUGUUUGAUCACAAAUAACGAGAAGGCAGCAAGCAAGCCACCAUACUGAUAUUGUUAUGCAAUCACCAAUUUUCGGUAAAUUAUGGGGAACCUGCUGUUUCCUGCUUUCUCCGCCAAAUCCGAGCCAGUUUGCAAAGCAGUCGGGAGAAGAGUGCCUUGUUACACUGACUUGAUCCCAGUAAAAGACUUUGAAGAAUCAAAGACUUGAUCCCUGUAAAAUAAAAAAGUAAAUUAAAGGUUUCGCGUGCAGUCCGAGUUGGGGUGGAGGGGAGUUUUCUUUUAAGCACACGGCCAUCCCCGCUCGCCUUCCUAAUAAUGCACAUAGGCCCCCUGUGAAUGGGGCGACCCCAUUCUCCGCCUGGUGGCCACGAUCCGGGGGAGGGGGGUAGUCUCCUGCGCACGCCCAGCCGAAGUGAACGCCACCUCUCAGUCCUUGCCGCCGCGGGCCUCGCGCAGGAGACCUUCCAGUGUAGCGCUCCCUGGAACGGCUUCUUUAAAACGGAUCUAUUUCCUUCUAUCCAAGCAGUCGUUUCCUUCUAACCAAGGGCAGAUUUGGGGACAGCCCUACAUUAUUCAUUUUCUAUCCAAUAUCUUUUUUUAAAAAAAAGACAAGAAACUUAUUUUAUUUUUAAGGUUAAAUUGGAAGUGGUUGUUGUUGCUAUUCGCGUUGGCCACAAAUGCGUCCCCGCUUACCAGUUCCUAAGCCCGGCUGGCGUCGGGCUUGGACGCGUCCCCGUGUACGACAAGGGAGCUGGGAUUCGCCCGCCUCCCAUAAAUAAGCGUGCCGAGGUAAGAAAUAAUUACCUCUGCUCGCUGCUUUUAAUUAAAGUCUCCGAGGGAAAGUGCGGGAUUAUGGUAAUGAGCAGACAUACGUUCCCUCUUGUAGACUCCGGCGAAAGGUUAGCUGACAUCAAAUCAGCGACACUGACAAGGCACUCCAAAUCCAUUUGCCACGCCGGCCCGUCACCAGCCUCGCGCGGGGCGGGGAAAGGGAGCCCGGACCUUCCCAGGGGCUGCCAGGGCGAAGGAGGCCCAAACGGACCUCUACACUAUUCUGGGACAGGAGCUUUCGAGGCAGGCGGAGUGCGGGACGCGGGGACGAGGCCCUCCUGCUGCGAAGUUCCAAGAAAUGCGUGCUGAAUCAAAAGGAAGGGAGCUGAGAAGCGUCCGGGGAGUUUUGCCGCUGACUUUCCGUGGCAAAAGGCCGGGUGUGGAUUUUAUCCACAUAACACAGGGCUGAAAGAGCUGCGUUAGAUAGCGAGCCUGCGCUUCUGUCUGUCUACCUUUGCCUGUGCUUCAUUCUGUCUCGAUAAGACAUCUCCAUUCAGUCGCUAGGAUCCCUCGCGUUUUGGUUUCCCCCUUUCCUUCUUUACUUUUCAAAAGGCAUUGCAUCACCUAGCCGUUUCCUUCGCGGCAAAUGAUACACCGAUCCUGUUUUGCUUCACCUUUCAGCCGACGCUUCUUUUGAAUGACGGGAACGUUACUUUCAAGUGACAGAGUUUAGAAUAGGGCUUCAAAUAAGUUAUCUUUGGGAUUAUUGUUAUGAAUGCUGCUGCUUUGACAUUGUUUAUCCGGUCAAAGUUAUGCGCUUUUAAGUCCUGUUGAUUUGAGGGAGAGAAGCCCAGUUGCAUCACCCAUUACUCGGAAAAAGUAAAUCUUAUUCUGUCCAGCGAGGCUUCCUUCCGAGUAAGCUUGCACAGGAUCGCAGGCUUAAGCAUACGAUCAAAUGAAAUACGUGGGACUUCAAGAGGACAUAUCUGGGUGAAUUACGUGUUGCUGUUGUUGUUGGUACGAUGCAAUUCAAUAUGAAGUUCCUAAAUGCGCCUUCCUUCCAAAGGAGAGUGUUAUUAUGUAUGCGCGUCUAGGUCUUUUGUCUCUUGGACAUAUUGGCUUAGGACAGACUUCCUUCCAGAUAGUACCAUCCUUCGAGAAUGUCCCUCGGAGCCACCGAGGGCGCCCCUACCAGUUGACUGAGCUCUUUAUCCUUCCUUCUUUCCUCCCUUCCUUCCUAUCCCCCCGUUUCCAGUGAUGGAGGACACCGGGAUGCACAGAGGGAUAUGGGAUGGAGACGCCAAAGCGGUCCAGCAGUGUCUGACGGACAUUUUCACCAGCGUUUACACCACUUGUGACAUCCCGGAAAACGCCAUCUUCGGCCCUUGCGUCCUCAGCCAUACCUCGCUCUACGACAGCAUCGCUUUCGUCGCGCUCAAGUCCACCGACAAGAGGACCGUGCCCUAUAUAUUCAGGGUAAGGGGGUGGUGAGGGGAGGAUUGCUCUCUUGCCGAGGCGGAAAGCACCGAGAUCCACCAGCCCGCUAACCUUGGCUUUAAGGUACCAGCUAGUCCUCUGGUCCUGAAAAUUAUCUCCAAAAACAGGGGAAUUAAUAGGAUCGCGAAUCAGCAUCCCUUUAUAAUCCUAAUGCACAUUAAUUCGGAAGUAAAUCAAAUUGCAUCUAAGGGAGGUGGGGUUUAUUCUGAACACCCCAAUCCUAAAUUUCUUAUGUGGAAGUUUAACUGAAACGAACGAGUUACUUCUGAGCUACUGUCUUUAAGGACACCGGGGUCAAGGUGGCUUAAAACUGAUGCGAAGCCAAACCGAUAGGCUUUGCUUCGAAUAAAAUCUUUAGGAUCCAGGCUGCCAAUCAACUUAAUCCAAGGAUUGCGUCUUCAUUGGGCUGCGGAUCGAGAACUGUAUGCUUCCCCCCCCCCCUUAGGGACACAGAAGCGAUUAAAAAUAAAUAAAAAAAUAUUAAAUCCUUUUAGCAAAUGCCCGGGUGUGAAUUUGAAAUAUUGUAGAGAAUGGAGGAUUCGGAGUGAACAUUUCACCUGUUUAAACAGGACGUUUCCUUCCAACCCAAAAGACCUUUCAGCUCUUGCGAGGGGGGUGGGGUGGGGAGAAUAAGGGAGGGAAAAGAGGGGAAAGGACAGGGUCGAAUCCUGCUGGCGUUUGCUCCGUGCGCCACCUGCCAUGGAAUAGUUCAAAGGAAAGGAUCCGUAGGAUUAUUAAAUCCCGGGGGACUUUGGUCUCCCUGUCAGCUGCUCCUUCAUGCGCGCACACAAUUCAUCGGGAAAAUUAGGUGAAGACCAGUCGCAUCCAGCCUCUAAAUUAAUCCAAAGUGCCUGGAUUUCAUUCAAGCCUAUUUUAGGCUGCGACCUUAGGCGGCGGGUUCCUUCUUAGUGCGCUUCAUGCAGAAAUAAAUGGGGACCAGAAGUGCAAAUGGUAUUGACUUCGUGAUUAUAGAGAGUUCCCAUUCAUUUCAGGGACGAUUUCUGAGUGAUCUGUUUAAGAUGCGCGUAUGCGUGUAAACUGGACAAAUGUCCGAGCUGUGCUUGGUAAUUGGGCUGAAUACAGUGCGCGUUUCUCCUCAUAAUCGCUUUACCCUUAAUGCCCAGACUUAAGCUCAUUCAACAACUUUUGGUUUUUUAAAAAAAGUCUAGACUAGGAGGAACUGAUUCGCAUCCGCAUCUGCACUGCUAUGCCAAUGAUGAUUUAGCAGGCGUUGAGGGGAGCCGCCCCGUUUUAAAUCAAUAUACUUGUUAAUGAGUCGAGAUGGUUUGAAAGCGAUCCUUCUGAAAACCUGUCUUUCAGGCUGGGGGCGGGGGCUUCACCGCAGCGCGUUUAUGAGCGCAGAGAGGGCUUUGUUUUCGCCUGCGAAAUGCAGUUAAAUGCAGUAUCAUUUUCAUCUUAUUAGCUCGAUUUAUUCACCACCACCCCACCUCAACCGAUCUCAGGGCACAUCCGCCUCCUGAGCCCACGAAAUAGUUCUAAUAAUGAACCAAAGUUGUCACAUUACUUUUUUCCCCCAUGCCUAGACGUCACGUAGUUUACCUGAGUUUUUUAUGUAUAGGGACGUCGCCAGUGUGCUCAGGAUUGCAGCCUAAGACUUAAACUCAGAGGGUCGUGCGCAGGUUUGGGCCGAAGCAGAACUCCCGUUCGUUGAAAGGCGGCAGGAUUGGACCUUUUGGUUUUUAAGUCCAUCACUCUGGAAAAGCUGGGGCUGCCGAUCCAAGCGCUUUCUUCAUGGGGGGAGGGACACCUCCGCGUCUGGAUUUGAGGAGGCUGGUGGGCGGAGAGUGUGCUGUUUUAAUCGCGUCGCCGUUCCUCCCUUCCAGGUAGACACCUCGGCAGCCAACGGCUCCUCGGAAGGCUUAAUGUGGCUGCGGCUGGUCCAGUCUGCCAGAGACAAAGAGGAGCAAAACCUCGAAGCCUACAUAAAAAAUGGACAAUUGUUUUACCGCUCCCUCCGACGGAUUGCCAAAGACGAGGAAUUAUUGGUUUGGUACGGGAAGGAGCUGACGGAGUUACUGCUGCUGAGCACCGCCAGGACGCACAGCAAAAUGAAUGGUAGGUCAAGGCUUGUUCCUGUGGGGUCUGUCGGGGGACGGGGAACGAGGGACGGGGGUUAAUGGUUCUAGAUUUGCCUAGAACAGAGGACAGGGAGAAACCCCAAAACCAGCCACAAAAUGGGGCCGAGCCAACUUAGCAGGGGCAAAUAAAGGUUAGUUCCUUGCACUCUAUCGCGUCCAACUUUGCACCAUUUGGAAACACCAGAUUAGCUGGAAGACUGUUAAUACCCUUAAAUUCCCACAGCAUUAAAAAGGAUAAAGGGAACUAGGGAGGGGGGCAACCCCCCCCCAAAGCUUCCUAAAACUUUGGGUGCUGAAAGGUUUUAGCAAUAUUAUCCACAACACUCUGAAGAGAGAAAGGGAAACCUGAUGUUUCUUUCCCUUCUGCUGUUCAUUAUAGUUACACUGGCCUCUCCUUCCCUGUCUCCUUGGAAAUGCAAUUUGUAAGCUCCUCGGGACAGGGCCUUCCUGUUGGUUGGACAUUCCAAACACACUGUCUGAGAGGAAGUCCCAUUUAGCACAGUGGAACCGAGUAGACAGUGGCUUCAAUAUUCUUUCAUGUGCCACUGUGCUUUGAUACUGCUGGAUUAACAACAGCCAGUUAGGGGGAAAAGUUGAUCCUGGUGAAGGACUAGCUGCCUGCAUGUUGCUGGAAAUCUUUCAGUGCUGGAGCAGGCAAGCCUUGAUGGGUCCUGCAAGACAGUACAUACCUCCUUCCCUAGGGAAGCCGACUCAGGAUCCCUUAACACAGAUGGGUUGUGUUGGAAGCCCUGUGGCUUGAAGUAUUUGAUUUUGAGCAUGUCCUGUAUAAAUACAAAAACAUCCGUAGACCUCGGAAAUUCCUGCAAAAAAUGUAGGUCAAAAGGAUGAAGCCAUCUCUCUAUUAAUUAAUAGUAAUAAUAGUCCAGGUCUAUUCCUGUUUGUUGGGUGGAACUAAUGCCCCAAAUAGGAAUGCUCACCAUCUCACGAACUCAUUCAAUCUACAUUCCUACUCAGAUGGACACUUGUGUUUCUCAGCUGACCUCUUGAUGGAUUGAGAUAAGUAAUAAACCAGGCUGUUGGGGUUUUGGCACUGUAGAACUUAAAAGAGGUUCUAUUAGUCAGCCAGUGCUAACCCUUGCAGUGUUCCUAAAAACGACUCCUAAAGACUGGUUGGCCUCCUAAAUUGCCUUAAUUUAGUGCGAGGCAGCAAUUGGCUUGGCAAUAGAAAAUAGUGUCCAGUCCCUGCAAGAGCAAGCCACAACCUUGCAGGGUGGGGCUUUGUGAGAGUAAAACAGGCUCUGGGCUCCUUGAAGUUCAAGGUAGCUUGCAUUUUCACAUAUGGAAGUAGCUGUGUUAUAGCCAAUGAUUAUUUUUUUUAGUUGAACAAUUGGCAUUUUGUAGACUUCAAGGUCUAUGAAAUCCUUCGGAAGAGGUUAUCAUGGCAAAUGUUGUAGAGUCUGAAAGACAACUCAGAAGACCCUCUGAGUCUGUUUCCACAGAUGCUAGGUUUUCUGUGGAUGCAAUAAGUUUCCUGCAAGGCACUGCUAUGUCCGAGAGGCUACGAUUCUAGGAGGAUCCUAAAGGUGUGUGGAUCCUAAACGGAGGUUUUAGAUCAGUGCUUGGUGGGGUCGCCCUUAGGUGAAAGUGAGCGUUGCGCGCUAUCUGCCUGCAAGGGACUAUUUGGCGAGUGGACUUGCUGGAGCAGAUGAUUAACAGACUCUUUUCCUGUACGUCUGUGUUGCUUCCUCUGUCGCUCCAGAGUCGCCCCCUUAUACUUGCAUCGAGUGCAGCCAGCGCUUCCAGUUCGAGUUCCCGUACGUGGCGCACCUGCGCUUCCGCUGCCCCAAGCGACUGCACGGCGCAGACAGCAGCCCGGCCGACGACUCCAGCACCAAGGACAGCAACACCAAGGAGCAGGAGGGCGCCCUGGGGCCGGGAGCCACCAAGUUCCACGGCAAGCCCGCCGGGGGCGCCACGCCUCAGCACCCCCCGCCCCAGCACCAUCGCCACCACUACCACGGCGCUCAGGACAGCAAUGGCAACGCGGGCGUGACCAAGCCUUCCACGGACUUCCACAACUUGGCGCGCGAGCUGGAGAACUCGCGGCACAACAGCAGCUCCCCCAGCAGCCGGGAGCAGCUGGAGGGCAGCCCGGACGCCAGCCAGAGCCACGGCAGCAGAGCCAAGAGGAAAUACCCGGCCGGGGAGCAGCUGGCAGAGGAGAGAGGAGCAGCGGCGGCAGCGGCUAGGGGGCGCUUGGAGAGGCCGGUGCCUUCUUCGCCGAAGGAGGAGCUCGUGUGCACCCCGCAGCAGCAGUACCGGCCGGCGGGGAGCUAUUUUGGCCUGGAGGAGAGCAGCCGUCUGUUCGGCCCGCCCAGCCCGGAGACUGGAGAAGCCAAGCGGAGCGCCUUCGUGGAAGUGAAGAAGGCCUCCCGAGGGCUGGAAGCAGGCGACGAGGAGAAAGAGCGAGGCUCCCCGGGCAGCGCGCAAGCGGGCGGCGCGGCGGACAAGGCGCCCGGGCACCUGCUGGGCGCGCGCUCCGGAGGCAGCGCCUUCUCCACAGUGCCCUCCUCGCAGCCUUCCAGCGUGGGCAGCCCAGAGGAGAGGAAGAGCGCGUUCUCGCAGCCCGCGAGAUCCACUUUCUCCACUUCGUCGGCCUCUUCGUCGGCCCACGUUACGCAGCUGGUGCUGGGCCAGAAGCUGAGCGCGCUGGUGGAAGCCGGCUGUCACGCGGGCGCGGAAGGAGGCGCGCGCCUUUACGCGCCGGACCCGCUGGCGGUCAAGCUGCAGGGCGCGCCCGGGGAACUGAACGGCGGCGGCGGAGGAGCAGGAGGGGCAGCCGGGGCUGGAGGAGCAGGAGGAGUUGGGGGCACCGCGGGAGGGGGCGGGCUGCCCAAGCAAAGCCCCUUCCUCUACGCCACCACCUUUUGGCCCAAGAGCUCGGCGGCGGCCGUGGCGGCGGCAGCGGCGGCAGCAGGUCCCCUCCAGCUGCAGCUGCCCUCGGCCCUCACGCUGCUGCCGCCGUCCUUCACUUCGCUGUGCCUGCCGGCGCAGAACUGGUGCGCCAAGUGCAACGCCUCCUUCCGCAUGACCUCCGACUUGGUUUACCACAUGCGCUCCCACCACAAAAAGGAGUACGCGCUCGAGCCGCUGGUCAAGAGGCGGCGCGAGGAGAAGCUCAAGUGCCCCAUAUGCAACGAGUCCUUCCGGGAGCGCCACCACCUCUCCAGGCACAUGACUUCGCACAACUGA